UUCAUGUGCGACUCUGCAAAAAUGUGAUUUAUUGUUGAAAACCAUCACAAAAACGCAUGUUUUUAAAGAGUUAAUGGUAUCAACACUGUAGUUUAAUCCACAACUUCCAUGCGAGCAUAAAUCAGAGUAAAUCUGACCAGUUUUUAUUUUCUGUCAUCAAAAAACAGCUUGUUCACCAUUUUUACUAUUCACAACAAUGGGUGGUUAAAUGACACAAAUCCUUCCUUGUAGUUCUGUCCUUUUUUCAUUCUCGAAAUGGAAAACAAAGACCAAACCCUUUUUUAAUGUUUGCUAAUCCGUUUAAAGGUAUUUAUUGUGUAUUCUUAGUUUGACUUUUUUGGUAUUAAUACCCCUUUUAUAACUGUGACGCCACACAGAGUGGAUCCAUAUGACUGGGGUUAUUUUGCAUUGUUUUGUUAACCAGCAGAGGCCUUUCUGACAUCAUCUUUAGCUCUUUUACUCUCUCUGCUCCUCACUUAAACAAAAGUGAGAGAGGGAGAAAGUGCCAAAACUAACAACUCAACAAACAGCAUUUGGCACAGCAGUCAUUAAAUCUCAGUUAUCUUGUCAAAACCGUGUCCGGAAUUGAAUUGGAUUGAUCGCCCAGCCCUACUUGGACACUGUGCAGCUGAACGCUGCUGCUCUGUUAUCGCUGAAACCUUCGCGCCGUUACCUUCGUGGCCACAUGUCUCAGAUGCCUCAUGCCGCUCUGGACCAGCAGCAGCCGGGCCAGUACAACCAGAUCUGCACGCAGAGCAGCAGCACCGCAUCAUGCCCGGCCUUCGAAGGCCCGGAACCCAGCUGUACCGGGCAGAGGAGCCGCAGCCCCCGCAGGAAGUGGCAGGUGUUCCCGGGGAGGAACCGGUUCUACUGCGACGGGAGGAUCAUGAUGGCAAGGCAGAGCGGCAUCUUCUACCUGACCCUGGUGCUGAUCCUGCUCACCUGUGGGCUCUUCUUCACCUUUGACUGCCCCUUCUUGGCGUCCAACCUGACCCCGGCCAUCCCGGCAGUAGGCGGCGUCCUCUUCGUCUUUGUGAUGGGGAUGCUCUUCAGGGCGAGCUUCACUGACCCUGGCGUUCUUCCUAGAGCGACACCAGACGAGGCUGCUGAUCUGGAACGACAAAUUGACACAGCGGGCUGCUCCAGACCACCGCCUCGCACCAGAGAGGUCCUGAUCAACGGGCAGACGGUCAAACUGAAAUACUGUUUCACCUGCAAGAUCUUCAGACCGCCGCGAGCAUCGCACUGCAGCCUGUGUGACAACUGUGUGGAGCGAUUCGACCACCACUGUCCCUGGGUGGGAAACUGCGUCGGACGGAGAAACUACCGCUUCUUCUACCUGUUCAUCCUGUCGCUCUCCUUCCUCACCAUCUUCAUCUUCGCCUUCGUCAUCACACAUGUCAUCCUCAGGUCAAACCGGACAGGUUUCCUGAGCGCACUCAAAGAUAGCCCGGCCAGCGUCCUGGAGGUGGUGGUGUGCUUCUUCUCUGUAUGGUCGAUCGUUGGUCUGUCGGGGUUUCAUACCUAUCUGAUCAGCUCCAACCAGACCACCAACGAGGACAUUAAAGGUUCAUGGUCCACAAAGCGAGGGAAGGACAACUACAACCCCUACAGCUACGGAAACAUAAUCACCAACUGCUGCGCCGCGCUGUGUGGACCACUGCCUCCGAGUUUGAUUGACAGGCGAGGUCUGAUCCAGUCCGACACGCCACAGACCGUCGCCCAGUCCAACGGGACCGCCACCAGCAGCAGCUACACCUCCACGCAGCUCCACAGUCACAUGUGCGAUCAGGAUCAGUGCAUCCAGAGCACAAAGUUUGUCCUGCAGGCUGCCGCCACCCCCCUUCUCCACAGCGAACCCGUGGUCUUGGCCCCUCUGCCGGGGAAGACCACCACCCUUGGAGGCCCCUGUGCCUACCUAGCCCCCUCCCAGCCCUCGCUGCCAUCCUGCGGAGGAGACGUCCUCGCCCUGAGGGACGCCGCCGCUGACACCCACUGCCACCACCACCUCCACCAUCAUCACCAUCACCACCACCACCACUUCGUCAGCCCAGAGGAGACGCCCUGCACCACGCCGCAGGGCGCCCUGCCCUGCCCCGCUCACCUGCACCUCCACCCACACCCACCAAUCCCCUCCCCCGCUGCGCUCUACGACCCAGCUAGUCAGGAUGCUCUGCAUGAGGACUCGGUCCGAGGGCUUGUCAAACUCAGCUCUGUCUGAACUCACAACAUAGCCGCCAAACACUGCAAAAACUUCGGUCUUACUAAGUUAUUUUGUUGAAUUUAUUGUCAAAAUAUCUAAUUACUAUGAGAUGCAUUUAUCCAACAAAUACUGAUUCAAGGGGGCGCUCAAAAACAAGGGGUAGGUUUCUACGAGAGGGGGCUCGCUGAUUGGUGGGUAAACAAACCAAAAUGUUAAGAAGAAAUCCAAAUUUUCUCUAGAGUACCUUGAUAUGUGCCAUCUUUAUCCAUAUCCCUAUGUUUCAUUUCACUUGCACACUUCAAUACAGAGCCUAUAAAAAAUACUCACUCCCUUGGAUGUUUUACCCUUUUAUU